AUGAAGCUCGCCACCAUCCUCUCGGCCGCCGGCCUCGCCAGCGCCCACACCAUCUUCUCCUCCCUCGAGGUCAACGGUGUCAACUACGGAAUCGGCAACGGCGUCCGCAUCCCCUCUUACAACGGUCCCAUCGAGGACGUCACCUCCAACUCCCUCGCCUGCAACGGGCCCCCCAACCCCACCUCCCCCACUAACACCGUCAUCGACGUCCAAGCCGGCAGCAACGUCACCGCCGUCUGGCGCUACAUGCUCAGCUCCACCGGCUCUGCGCCCAACGACAUCAUGGACAGCUCCCACAAGGGCCCCAUCAUGGCCUACCUCAAGAAGGUCGGCGACGCCAAGACUGACUCCGGCGUCGGUAACGGCUGGUUCAAGAUUCAGGAGUAUGGUCUCGACAGUUCUGGUGUUUGGGGUACCGAGAAGAUCAUCAAUGGCCAGGGCCGUCACAGCAUCCGCAUCCCCGCAUGUAUCGAGUCAGGCCAGUACCUCCUCCGUGCUGAGAUGCUUGCUCUUCAUGGUGCUAGCAACUACCCCGGUGCUCAGUUCUACAUGGAAUGCGCUCAGAUAAACGUUGUUGGUGGCUCUGGUUCCAAGACGCCCUCCACCGUUAGCCUGCCCGGCGCGUACUCUGGUAAUGACCCCGGUGUCAAGAUCAACAUCUGGUACCCUCCUGUCACCAACUACAAGGUCCCCGGACCCAGCGUCUUCACCUGCUAA